UUCACUGCCGGGAUGCCACCUUGAAACGCCCAUCCUGUCCUCUCUGAGCCACCUCCCCUGAGCAGGGCCACCGGCCUGGCCCUCCCUUCCGCCUGAGGGCGCCCGAGCCGAUGACUGGGAAGAACAGCUACCGCCCGGCAUAGCUUCUUCUCCUCGUCCAGUCCGGGCCAAGUGCAGGAGAGACGCAAGGGCCACCAGAAAGCAGGCCUGCCUGCUGCAGGACCUCCUGGAUUGGGGGGCACUCCGCCUCAUCCGGCAAGGACCCUGAGGCGGGCUGCCCGGACGAAUGCCUGAAGGACCCUGCUUGCACCGAAGGUUAGCUAUCGCAGUGCCUGGUGGCCGGCCUCCGCGGCGGGAGGAUCAGGUGACUUGGACCCGAACUCCAGCAGGACUGGCGCUCCGAAGAGCCCAGAAUCUAGCGUGGGCUUAGGCCUCGGAGGGAGAUGACCUCUAUCUUACGGAGCCCUCAGGCUCUCCAGCUUACUCUGGCUCUGAUCAAGCCUGAUGCAGUUGCUCACCCACUGAUUCUGGAGGCUGUUCAUCAGCAGAUUCUGAACAACAAGUUCCUUAUUGUACGAAUGAGAGAACUUCUGUGGAGAAAGGAAGAUUGCCAGAAGUUUUACCAAGAGCAUGAAGGGAGUCAGAAGUAUAAAAAGUUCUCUUGGCACCAGUGUCUUGAUGAAGGUACUCUCUUUGCAGGGCGUUUUUUCUAUCAGCGGCUGGUGGAGUUCAUGGCCAGUGGGCCAAUCCGAGCCUACAUCCUCGCCCACAAGGAUGCCAUCCAGCUCUGGAGGACAGUGAUGGGACCCACCAGAGUGUUUCGAGCACGCCACGUGGCCCCAGAUUCAAUUCGUGGGAGUUUAGGCCUCACUGACACCCGUAAUACAACCCAUGGCUCAGGGAGAAUCGUGAAGAAAUCUCCCAGGAGGUUCACACACAGUAUGCAGCUUAUGUAGUGCAUGAGGCACCCAGUGAUGGAGCUGACCGUGGGCUCAAAUCCAUGCUGUGCACCUGGCACAGGGCUGCAUCCUGGAAGAAGGGGCACCUUUUGUUUGAACAAAAGUAUGUCUGUCCAGUAGAGGCAUAUUGUUAUGACUCACUUUUUUUUAAAUUUGCACAAAGCCACUAAAGCUAGCCAUGUCUCUGCUGUAGCUGAGGAUGACAGUUAUCUAUUGCUGCAUGACAAAUCACCUCAAGAUUUUGUGGCUUAAAACAAUGACUUAGGGACGUCACUGGUGGUCCAGUGGUUAAGAAUCCACCUUCCAAUGCAGGGGAGGCAGGUUCGAUCCCUGGUCGGGGAACUAAGAUCCCACAUGCCACGCGGCAAUUAAGCCCGCGCACCCCAACUACUGAGCCCGUGCGCCACAACUAGAGAGCCCACAUGCCACAAACUACAGAGCCCAUGUGCUCUAGAGCCCGCGCUCCACAACUACAGAGCCUAUGCACAACUGGAGAGAAGCCCAUGCACUGUAACAAAGAGCCCGCAUGCCGCAGUGAAAGAUCCCAUGUGCCACAACUAAGACCUGA